CUUGCUUUCUGCCUCUUCUCUCUUGCCCCUCCAUCCGUCUCUGCUCUUUCCUGCUGGGAAGCACGGGAAGGGAAGUCGCUCUUCGGCUGGUCUCGCCACUCCAGAUCUCUCAUCGUGGGCCUUUGAAAGAUGCCCUUGUCCCCGCGACCAACGAACGUAUCCGUUGUCACCACGCCAUUCGUUCCAGCUCAGCACUGUUGCACGACCGUCUGUUCGCGUUAAUCCUCGUGGGAUCGAGUGCCACCACUAGUCAUCAGCCGGUGGGGGAAUUGGCUACAGAUCGGGGGAACGUAGAUCAUAUCAGCUACCUAGAUUGGCAUAUUCAACAUAUUACCAGCAUUCAUAUUCCAAGCGAAAUCUGCUCCACCUACUCUCCUGCGGCCUCCUCUCCUGCGGCCUCACGUCACGGACCACCUGAGGCGUGAAGUUCUCGCGUUGAGGCGGCGGGCUCAAGUUCAGCCUCACUUGUGCCCAGCAGCGCGUGCCCUUGGAUAGCCAGAGCCGGUGGCACGGGUCUCGUAGAGGAGCUGUUGUCUUGCGGGCAGCUGUCUGGAAGACUGUCAGAACGCGUGCUGUCUUCACUUGCCCCUAGUUCUGCUCGCUAGGCAUAUCAGAGAGAAUGGCCGAAGCGGAUUGGCCGCUUCGAGACGGGCCCCGGCGCGCAGCCAACGGCUCUGCGUGCGGUUACGCGUCGCAGGGCCUGAAUGAUGGCCUGGAAUCGCUACAUCUCCUAGACCACUUGGACAGUCCGCAAUUGACCCUGCACGACUUCCACAAGUUCCAACAGUCGCCGCCUCGAAGACCGUCCCCCGAGCUCGAGUACAGACGUUUACGGCGUAAGCCAUCGACAGAAGACCUUACAUCGGCACAUACACCCCACACAGACCCGACUGUUUGCUGGCCUGAUAAUCCUGUUUGGACGCCAAGCCUAAUAUUGCCACGCACUCCUCACACAACUUCGCAUUCCAACUUCUCUCCGCCCUCUUCUCUCCACUAUCGACCACUCACCCCGUGCCCGCGAACGUACACCGCCUCGCCUUCGUUAUCAAGCACUGUCGACACUCUCCAAUCAUCAUUGUUUCACACUCCAAUCAGUCGAGGUCGCUCACGCGUCGAGCCCGACGACGAAGACCAAACGCUCGACUACUUGGAGCCCCUUCGGACCAAACGUAAGUUCGACUCGCUCAAGCGAGCGAAACGUCUUCCACACACGCGCGGCGGCAGUGGCACUCAACUAGGCGAACCGUGGGAAGUUUACGCAGCUGUGUAUAGCCUCCCAGAGGACGCCCAGAAGGUCGGAGGAGAAGAAGAAUUGAAAUUGAAAAAGGGCAAGUCUGUGCGGUUUCAAAAAGACACAGGCAAGCAGACUUUUGUAUCACAAGCAUCUGCAGAGCAAUCGCAGAGCACAAGGGGAGACCAACCGAAGACUUCAUCAGUGUCGCUGUCGAGACUUAAUUGGCCUUGGCCGCCGUCGCAUGAUAAUUGGCAAGGUACUUUCGGACAUCUCAACACCGUGACUCCACCCUUGACGCCUGCUACCAUCUUGUAUAGAGGUGCUAGCUUCGACGUUCUCAAUCCGCACGCGUCGCUGGUCCUUGGGUCACCCGCGCUAGAAACACCAGCCGAGAUCGACGGACUGUUGGACAGCUAUUUCGAAGAUCACGACCAUCCUGCACAAGACAUCAUGCAGAACAACACUACAGACCGCGAGUCCUCGCCGCCUCUAUCGCAAAUGCCAAGCGAAAACUCCCGCCGCAUUCUCUACGAGGACGCCGAGACUGCUCAUCGCAACAUCUUGCGCACCCGUGGAAAUGACAUCGCUCAGGUCUCCGCUCUCCCCAAAGGUCUGGUCGCCAAUCGCAGCGGUCAGAGACCAUACUCUGAUCCUUUUGACUUGACCCUCAGCGAGAACAGUAGCCGUAGCACGCUGCCAAACGUUGACCAGGUUCUGAAAGAGGGCCGUCGCGACGAUGCAACUCGCAUGCAGCCUCUCGGUCUGGGCAUUACAGAUCCUGAUGAUACUCAUGCGUAUGUGACAGAUCGCUCCCGUCGUUUCCAUUUAAAGAGUACACUUACGAGAUGUUGCUCUAUAUAGGACAUCUGACCAGACUACAAAUGCAACACUCAAAGACAUCAUCGAAGGUUACAACUUCACUAGAGAGUUGCCGUCCCGCUUUGAAGACCCGGAGACUGCUACAAGCCCAGACAUUGAGCAUGGUCGCGACGAUCCCGCUCCGCAGCCGGGCCACGAGAGUUCUCACGGACUGGUAUCGCCUCUGCAGACUCCGGAACUUCACCGUGCUGUCCCUCCUAGUUUCCUCAGCAAUCUUGUCGACGGAGCAGCACCUGUGCCGACGCCACCACAGCCAACGUACAAUGGCAUUCGUAAGCCGGCUCUCUAUUACACCGACUGCAGUGACCUGCCAUCCACCGACCAGAGCUACGGUAACACGAAUCAUCUCCUGAACAUCACGCCAGAGGCUGCUGCUGAGUACCCGCAUUACCGACCAUACUCCC